AUGCAAAAAGAAGAAGAAAAGGAAGAGAGUGCAAUGGACUCGUUAUCGUGUCUAAGUUUCAGCAUUUAUUCUUCUAACAACUCAAACGACGUCGCUAAACGAGUUAUCAACGAAAACGACCACUCACGCUUUCAAAACGACAACGACAAUUUCGAAUUCUUCGCCUUUCAAAAAACCGCUGAUGAAGCUUUCUUUGAUCACCGCCGCGGUAACACAACUCAAGGCGUUUUCUCCAUCUUUAAACGUGACGACGCGGCGGAGAUUUCGAAUAACCUAAAAGAAGAAGAAAACGACGAGAGUGAAACGGAAGCGUUGUCGUGUCCAAGUUUCAGCGUUUAUUCGUCUAACAGCUUAAACGACGUCGCUGAACGAGUUAUUUACGAAAACAACCACUCAUACUCCCAAAACGACAACGACGAUUUCGAAUUCGUCGCGUUUCAGAAAACUGCUUAUGAGGUUUUUCCAAUCUUCAACCGUGGCGAUCAAAAGAGAAACUCCGACGCAGCGGAGAAUUUAACUCCGUUACAGAAUUUAAUUAUCGGAGAUGAGAAGCAGAAUAUUGAAUCUCGGCAGGCUUCUCCGAUCAAAUGCAUUAAAAGCAAUUCGACUGGUUCGGAUUCGAAUCCUUCAUGUUACAAGCCAUGGAAGUUUCUGAGUUUACUUCGGCGAAGUAAAAGCGACGUUAAAGAAUCGUUUAUUCUGGCAACUCCGGUGGAGAAUUCGAAGGUGAAAAGUGGUGGAAAAGUAAGCGCAGAGAAAAACAUUGCGAGAGUUCCUGAAAAAAAGAUUCCGAUGACGGAGAGGAAAGUUCCGGCAGCGGUAACAGCAAUGGAAGCGGUUUAUUUAAGAAAGAAAGAGAUUAAGAGAAAAUCGUAUUUACCGUAUAAGCAAGAGUUAAUUAGUUUUCCUCUUCAUGUUUGAUUCAUUUUACUCGAAUUUUAAUUAAUUUUAAUCCAAAAAUAUGACUAGGACUGUGGGUUCAUUUUCAGGUAUUAAUUUCUUACAUAAUUUGGAGUGUAGGAAAAAGUGAAUA